CGCCAUCCAUGUUGUACAGCUGCACAGUUGGAUUAAAACUUCACUGUGCUUACCUGCCAGCAGAUUCUCCAGCUGUGCAUUGUCAGCUCUCAGAGUGGGGACUGUGCUUCCCAGUACUGCACGGGGAAGGCAAAGAUGCUGUCACAGACUAUGAUUUGAUCCAAUCUCAUAAGCCAAACCAGGCAGGGUCUUGUCAGUCCUUGGAUAGGAGAGAACAUAAGAACGGCCCUACUGGAUCAGACCAAAGGUCCAUCUAGCCCAGUAUCCAGUCUUCCAACAGUGGCCAAUGCCAGGUGCCCCAGAGGAAAUGAACAGAACAGGUGACUUUUAAAAUGAGCAUCGAUUUGAGACGCUACAUCCCUGCCAUUCUGGUGGCGCUGGCUGUGUCUUCAUCCAUCGUCUUCAUUCUCAGCCUGGUGAGGAUCCAGAAUGUUUCCUUACCUCCUAACAACAAGUACGGGAUGGUGUUCGACGCGGGCUCAUCCCACACCUCUCUGUUCGUCUACCAGUGGACAUCUGACAAAACGAAUGACACUGGAGUGGUCAGCCAGAUGUUAUCCUGUAAUGUCCAAGGACCUGGCAUAUCAAGCUACGCCAGUGACCCUCCCAAAGCUGGUGAGUCCCUCCGGAGCUGUCUAGAGGAUGCCCUGAAGGUCAUUCCUGAUGAGAGGCAGAGGGAGGUACCAGUUUACCUUGGAGCUACAGCAGGCAUGAGGCUGCUGAGCAUGAAAAACAAAUCAGCUGCAGACCUGGUCCUGAAUGAAGUUGCUAAGAGUAUACAACAGUAUCCUGUGAAUUUCCAUGGGGCUCGGAUCAUUACAGGGGCAGAGGAAGGCGCCUAUGGCUGGAUCACCAUCAACUAUCUGCUGGACUCCUUCACCAAGUAUUCUCCCAGACAACGUGACUGGAUCCAUCCUCAAUCAGCCAAGAUCCUGGGUGCACUGGACCUUGGAGGAGCAUCGACCCAAAUCAGCUUUAUCCCCCUUGGUCCAAUUACCGACCAGACAAAAGCCUCUAAGUUCAUGCUCUAUGGGUUUAACUACACUAUCUACACACACAGCUAUCUCUGCUAUGGACAGAAUCAGGCGCUGAAGCAGCUGAUCCUGAAAAUAACAGAAAACAUGAUGGUCCAGGGCUCUGUUAAUCACCCUUGCUACCCUGAAGGAUACCAGGAAACCAUCAAAGCAGCUUCCAUUCACAGCAUCCCCUGCACGGCCUCUCAUCUGCAGACCCUGUCCCAAGCCUCCUGGAACGCCACGCUGGUGGGCACAGGGAAUGCCACUGAGUGCCGUAUGGCCAUCAAACAGAUCUUCAACUUCACGGCAUGUGGCCAGAGUCAGUCCUGCACAUUCGAUGGGAUCUACCAGCCCCCGGUCAACGGGGAGUUCUUUGCCUUCUCUGCCUUUUACUACACCUUCAGCUUCCUCAACCUGACCAGUGGGCAGCCCCUGGCCAUUGUCGAGGACACUGUCCAGAAGUUCUGUGCAAGAAAUUGGACAGACUUGAAAUCCAGCUACCCCAAAGAGAAAGAUCAAAGGCUGCGAGAGUACUGCGCCAACGCCAACUACAUCCUGGUGCUCCUGCUCGACGCCUACAAAUUCAACCAAAGCAGCUGGAGCAGCAUCAAGUUCCAGAUGAAGGCUGCGGACACGGACAUUGGCUGGGCCCUGGGCUACGUGCUGAACCUCACCAACAUGAUCCCGGCGGAGGCCCCCGAACAAGUGAAAGGGCAGCAGCGUGGGCUCUGGGCCGCCACCAUCUUCUUCAUCGUCCUGACGCUGGCUUUCUGCCUUGUUGGCUUGCUCAUACACUUCCUGGGAUAGGAGCCGUUCAGCAGGAGCAGAUGGCCAGGGCUUCAGCACCUUGCACCCGCCUCUAAUGAGAGGCCUUAGACACCCUGUUAAAUGGAGACUUGAGGGGUGGGCACCCCCAGAACAUAACUGACCCCACAGCAAGAUUUAAACUAGGCCCUAUAUCGCACGAGGAGUUGGAGCCACUACCCCUUGAGGCUGGAGUUUUCAAGGUAUUUAGCCACCUAAAGAUGCUGAUAGGCACCGAGUGGGAUUUUUUUCAAAAGCAUUUAAGUGCCUAACUUAAAGUUUUUCACACAACUCACAGUCAACCUGUGGAACUCCUUGCCAGAGGAUGUUGUGAAGGCCAAGACUAUAACUGGGUUAAAAAAAGAACUAGAUAAAUUCAUGGAGGAUAGGUCCAUCAAUGGCUAUUAGCCAGGAUGAGCAGGGAUGGUAUCCCUAACCUGUUUGCCAGAAGCUGAGAAUUGGUGACAGGGAAUGGAUCACUUGAUCAUUACCUGUUUUGUUCAUUCUCUCUGGGGCACCUGGCAUUGGCCACUGUCGGUAGACAGGAUACUGGGCUAGAUGGACCUUUGGUCUGACCCAGCAUGGCCGCUCUUAUGUUUUUGUGUUCUUAUGAACUCCACUUGGUUUCAGUAGGAGUUAGGAGCUUAGGUACUUUUGAAAAUCCCAUUAGGUGCCUAACUGCAUCUUCAGCUGCCUAAAUACCUGUAAAAAUCUGGCCCUCGUGCCCCUAGCUGCAACCCAGGUUCACAAGCCUCUUACAUGAACCCAUCAGUGGAGGGAGCAAGAGUAGAGCGGGGCACUAUUUUUCAGAUGAAUAUGGUUUAUUAGCUGAAAAAUCAACCCAAAACUAUUUGUGAAUUUGACACAAAUUUGCUGAAUAAUUUUGGCCAAAAACAAAAAAACAAAAUUGGGCUGGAGUCACCAGAGGCUUAAGUGCCAUUCGCCAGACAGCUGGAGGAGGAGCUGGCUUCCAACCACCUCUGCACUGCGAGGUCAGCGCACUCCCCUGCAAUGUGGGAGAUGCAAGUUCAAUUCCGCCUGCUGUAGAGUGGGGAAUGCACUUGGGUCUCCUGCUCACAGAGGAGUGUGCUUACCACCAGGCUACAGGAUAUUUUGGUGUGGGACUUGAAACUGCUUAUUCUGUUCAUUCCCUCUGAAGCACCUGGUACUGGCCACUGUCAGCAGACAGGGCACCCUGUUAAAUGGAUGGACCCUUCAUCUGACCCAGUAUGGCCAUUCUUAUGUUCUUAUGAAACACUGUCACUUUGUACAACAUACUUGAAUAACAUCGGCGGCAGAUAUCGUACGCAGGGGGAGGCUGUGGCUCCCCAAACAGCCUAGCGUUGUCCAGCUCAUGUUCCACCCCCAAGCCAGGCCCCCUCCUGCGGUUCCCAGCGCUCUGCCCUGGCUGGCCCAGGCUGGCUUGCCUGCCUCCCACAAGGACUCAGGGUGGCUGGUGCUAGGGCCGUGCUGCCCUGCGCUCUGGGGCUGGCCACCUGGCGCUGGGGCUGGGGGCCGUGGCAGGGGUGCUCUGGGAUCUUGCAAGGGAGAAGGGCGGGGGGGGGGGUGGAGACGGGGAGGCAGGGGGCCUUGGGCACAAGGGGAGGAGCCAGGGGCUAGCCUCCCCCAUCAGCCGGGUCACUGGCUGCCCAUGCUUCAAUAGUCAGUGGGUGAGAGAGAGAGACCAGCACAGACUGACAACAUAGUCCAGUGGUUAGGGCACUCACCUAGCAAUAGAUGAGGCCCAAGUCCCUGCUCCAAUAAAUAUUUAUACACAGUGGAAAAGGUUCAGCAUCUGCUACUGAGAGACCCCCACGUCGGUGGCGAGGGCCCUUUCCUGUAACGGUGGGGAGACCUGAGUUCAAAUCUUUAGCCCAUCUCAGGUGGAGUGGGGGAGUCAGACACAUUCUCCCACAUCCUAACUCCUGGGCUAAAAGUUGUAAGAAGGAGUCCUCUUCUGCUGGCCAUUGUGUGAAUCUAGCCUGAACAAUUUAACAAUGCCUGAAAACAAAGCAUUUGGGGUCAAUCCAAACAAUGGACAUUUUUGAUUCACUGGAAUGUUUGGGUUCAGCUUGAGCAAAACCAUAUUUCUGCGGGUUUCUUCAAUCGUUUGGAACUUCCAGCGAUCUGAGAAGAAUCAGUUAUUCACUGAGCUCUAACAUGAGUCCCACGCUCUCCCACUGCAGGGCACAUAAAUACAUUGUCCUGACUGGCUCUAGCGACUGUUUUUUAACAAACAUUCUUGGGAGGGGCACACCUGCAAAACCAUAUCUCUCCCUCUGCUCCCACCCAUAGGGAUUCGGGGCUGCUGAGGGACUCAUGCUGCUAGCCCUCCCUUGCACUGUGGGUGCACUGGUAAAUGGUCCAGUAAUUCAUGCUAAGGGCAGUACAUUGCCAUGUCAGGCUUUGCCAGGACCGAGAGGUCCUAGCAGCUAGGAAGGCAUCACCUGAGUCUGCAGCGGUUAAAUGAGAUCCAAGCCCUAGCUCUGGUCUCUGGUAAAUUUAGAACUGACAUCUGCCCGAUCCUGCAUUUGAUAUAACUUUAAUGAGACUUUUCCACUGGCACAUUAAUUAAAAGGUGAAUUGAGUGUUCAAGUGUUAGUGAGAAUUAGCAGCUAUAUCAGAAUAACAGUUGGAGUCUUCCCAAAGGGAGUCUGUUCCCACCUCCGUCCCCAGGGGGUUUUCCCAGGAGCCCCUUUGAGUGUGAGGAGAUGAGAGCUCCUCAGGAUGUGAAGGAUAAUGGGGAAAACCCCUUCAGUGGUCUCUUGGCCUAGGAUCAAGGAGUACCCGGUUCCACCCUUGUGUACCAGUCAAAUCCAGUUCAUCCCCAGUAGCUUUCCUCCCAGGCUCUGCUCGAUACCCCAGGGGGGUGGGAGGACUGUCCCCCAAAAAUCUUUAAAUAAGUCAGUAAUGAGAGCCCUGGGAUUUUUGCUCUUGGUUGGAUGUUUGAAGGUUGUCCUCUUUGAUAAUUCUAAUGGGAGAAAUUCAACCCCACACAAGGUCUCUGCACCAAAGAAAUCCGGCCAGGGCUCCAGUGGUAUACAAGUCUUUCCCUGGCCCAUGCACUGGAGUACAUUUCAUCCUAUUUCUUCUCUGCCUGUAACAUCAUCUCCAUCACUGUCUUCCAUCACCUGCCUUCAUUUUCUGUCCAGUUCUGUGAUUUGUUUCCUAAUCAAUAUUUCUGUUGCGAAUGCUAGGCCCUGGGUUUUACUUUCUAUGGAGAAAGCACAGAAACUUUGAAUUUAUUCCUACUUUAUUUCAUUAGCAAAGUAAUUGUUACAGGAAGCAGAGAAGAGAAACUGUUAUGUGGUCUGUGAAAGUAAAUGCCUGUCAUUCUGAGGCAUUAGAAACAAUCAAUGUAUCUAAAAGCUCUGACAUGGCACCUUCUGGGCUUCGGCUCAGUCUGAAGCCUGGACUGCAGGCAGAUUGUUGGGUGCCAUGAACUGCUGCUUUCACAGAGAUGAGAAAGACUACAAACCUUCCCAAGGUAAUCAACAGUGGAAGCUCAUCUUGCCAGAGUGCAUAUGCUGCAUGGCUCCAGAGUGCCCUGCACAUCUGCAAUGUGUCAUCAUUGUUAAACGGGUCAAAAGGAAGCCAUCAAUGGAAUCCCCAUCCCAUCCCAGACUGACUGACAGGAUUGUGGGUGUGUCCGUGUCUGCACGGCUCUUGGACCAACAGCCUAGCUGAGAACAAGGAUAGGCUGAAGAAAAGUAACUGCUGUGCACAGAUCUCAAUACAAGGAUCCCCACAGGGCGGGGUCACUGUGCCGUCAUGCGCUGAAUGGCCACCUGGGAAGGCUUCUUACUGCUGCCCAGAGAGUGGUGGCCUCCAAACUGUGGCCAUCUUAGAGCUGCUACUAGCAAAAUCCCCUACAGCUCUCCAAACCCAGGAGUCCACAGCAGGGGGAUCCAGCCGGCCCCGUCCUCUCUGGGCCUGCCUGGGUGAAGAUGCUGAGGCAGCUGUGGAAUCAUUUGCUGCACUAUUGGUGACCCCGAUGAGAACUCGGGCGUGGAGUUGGCUUUGCUGACUCACUCUUUUAAAUGGCAUUGCAGGCAUUUCCACUUAGCCCCUUUGGCAGUCCAGGGCUGCCAGUCAUAUGUCAUUGCUCUGUCUGAACUUCAGGGAAUUCUGUCACCCACGGCAGGUGCUGAUCCUAAGGAUGGUCAAGUGUGAAGAAUAUGUCCGUGAAGUUGGUUUGGAUGGGUGGGUGGCUGGAGGUUAAAUGAUAUUCUGUGUAACAUGGCCCAAGAGAUUGAUUCCAAAAUCAUUUCAAUGCUCAGGAAAGUUUCCCUGCCACUGAUACAUUGAGGAGGUCAGGGCCAGCUCCUUCUUGGCAGGGAAGCUUGACUACACUCCACAUUCAAGAACAUGUAUUUUGUUGGUUGUGUGGACAAUUGUUUGCUUGCAAGCUUCCUUUGAAAUUGCUGCACACCCAUGCGUCACUACACUGUGUGUGCCCUCCGUGUAGCAUAGCACAGCAAGUUCAGUCUUUGUUCGAUUACUGGGAACCAAACAUGAGGAGCUGCUAAGACCCAGUGCACUCAGUAUUAGCCCUUGAGAAAAGCCAGCUAUACCAGGCCUCCACAUUCAAAGUAAGAGGAGACGUGUGGCCCCAGACAAAGAACACUGAAUUCCUGAUGGGAGGCUGUCACCCAGCGGCCCGUUGGUGGUUCACUUCUCUGUGUCAGCUGCUCAACAGGCCUGACAUACUCACUACACCUAACACGCUGGUGUCAGGAUAUUUACCCAAAAGGUGGCACGAAAUAUGCCCUUGGACAACUAAUAACUCACUAUAGCCUUAUCAGUAAUAUUCUGAUGGUUGUACGAUCAACCUGCAAAAGCUUAUACAGUGGUGCUGGACUCAUGACUCAAAUGUAUUUAAACCAGGCAUGUCAAGGAGAGUUAAUAAACCGGUUCCCGACCCCCGCCCCCAAAAAAGGAAUGUGGUUCCGCCUGCAUGACUGGGUCUCCAUACAGAUGGAACAAGGUGUGACCAAAGACAAAGAGAAGCACAUCUGCCUGGCAGGCAAACAAAGCCAUCAGGAGAGCAAGUGGGGAAAACAUGAGCACAAAACAAUCUCAGCAGGAGAUGGAGCCUGCACCCCCAGGGAGCCUUCCUGUCUCUGGCAGCAGGGUCAGUGACCUGUGAGAGAGACUUUUCAAAGGUUUACUGGCCUAUAAGAGAGGGGCAGAGAACUUUCCAUGAUCCUUCACCUGAGGCAACAAGGCAAACCAGCGGCUGGGACUCUGGGGGAUACUGGCUCAGAACCAGUCAGCCAUCACUGGAAAAGGAAGCUUGGUGAGGAAAUUAACUUGAACAAAGACCAUGGCUUGUUAAGCCAAAUUUUAGCUUUUAUCUUUAUCCUUUGUACUUGAACUCACUUCAAACCUGGCUUUGUAACUGAAUAAACUGUUUUACUUUUUAUCCAAA